AUGGACCGUGCAGGCGUUAGAGAAGACCACUUGAAGGGAAUCCCAGCAGCUUUCAACAAGGGAGUCACCAAUUGCGGGGCUAUCUACAAGGACGAUGCCAGGACCGAGUUUGCAGGAUCGUCCUUCAACAUCGUGGCCAAUUCCAGAGAGGAGAUCAUUGAGUUCCUGAAGACCGACCCUUACUACAAGGCAGGCAUCUGGGACGUGGACAACGCGUUGAUCUAUCCAUACGGGUGUGCUGGACGACUUGCUAAAGAUGUCAUUCAGCCAUGA